GCCCCGCCCCGUCACGUGCCUGCGGCGUGGCGUCACACCCGGAAGUGGCGGCUGAGCGCAGCCGGUAGCAAUGAGCGGGGAGCCUGGGGAGCUGUCCGUGGCGCGCCCUCCCGGGGAGGUGGAACCGGGCAGCGGGGUCCGCAUCGUGGUGGAGUACUGUGAGCCCUGCGGCUUCGAGGCCACCUACCUGGAGCUGGCGAGCGCCGUGAAGGAGCAGUACCCGGGCAUCCAGAUCGAGUCGCGCCUCGGGGGCACGGGGGCAUUUGAGAUCGAGAUCAAUGGACAGCUGGUGUUCUCCAAGCUAGAGAAUGGGGGCUUCCCGUACGAGAAAGAUCUCAUCGAGGCCAUUCGCAGAGCGAGUAAUGGAGAACCCCUGGAGAAGAUCACCAACAGCCGCCCACCCUGCGUCAUCCUAUGACUGCUCCAAGUUCUGGGGUCCAUGCUUUGGCUUCCCUGGGUCCUGCUGGGAGCACCCUCGCCCACCUCUUUCCCUUCACUUAGCACUGGGAAGCUGAGGGACGCUGGCCUCUGUGUUGCCCUUUUGGGCACAGAAGAAGAGUUCUUGUGGCCAUGGAGUUAGGAAUGGCACUCUCAGUGGGCUUUCCACAAGCACCCUGUACCCCCUUUCUGGGUUUGGUGUCCCAUGAGUCCAAGCCCUCUCCCAGUACUUGGCAGUACUUGUCAGAGCCUGCAGUGGCUCUUAACUCAUGUCCUCUGAGCCCUGGGUGAUACCAGCUGCUGGCAAUAAAGAGGUACUCAACACUCUG